CUCUGUUGACUUAAAUACCAGCGUGGGGAGGUGCGCACGCCAUUCUCUGACUUGUGAGCAUGUUUUCCCUCACUCCGGUCUUGAUAGCAGUUGUCUGCGUUUUGAUCGUGUGGAUCUUUAAAAAUGCGGAUAGAGGCAUGGAGAGAAGGAAAGGGGAGGCGAGAGCCGGGUCCGAGGCCCGGCCCUGGGUGGAUGCAGACCUGAAGGACAGCACUGACCUCCAGCAGGUGGAAGAAGAUGCUGAUGAGUGGCAAGAGUCCGAGGAAAGUGUUGAACACAUCCCAUUCUCCCACACCCGGUAUCCUGAGGAGGAAAUGGUUAUGAGAUCCCAGGAAUUUUAUGAGCUUCUCAAUAAGAGACGCUCAGUGAGAUUCAUAAGUAACGAGCAAGUCCCAAUGGAAGUCAUUGAGAAUGUCAUCAAAACAGCAGGAACAGCCCCCAGUGGGGCCCACACAGAGCCCUGGACCUUCGUGGUUGUGAAGGACCCGGACAUGAAGCACCAGAUCCGGGAGAUCAUUGAGGAGGAAGAGAAAAUAAACUACCUGAAAAGGAUGGGACAACGAUGGGUCACAGACCUGAAGAAACUGAGAACUAAUUGGAUUAAAGAGUACUUGGACACAGCUCCCGUUUUGAUUCUCAUUUUCAAACAAGUACACGGUUUUACCGCCAAUGGCAAAAAGAAGGUCCACUACUACAAUGAGAUCAGUGUGUCCAUCGCGUGUGGCAUCCUCCUCGCCGCCCUGCAGAACGCAGGCCUGGUGACGGUCACCACCACUCCUCUCAACUGUGGCCCCCGACUGAGGGUGCUCCUGAGCCGCCCCACAAACGAGAAGCUGCUGAUGCUGCUGCCCGUGGGGUACCCCAGCAAAGAGGCCACGGUGCCCGACCUGAAACGGAAACCUCUGGAUCAGGUCAUGGUGACUGUGUAGGCGGGAGACCAGCAGGGAGACGCUGGAGGGGGUGUGGCUGCUCCCGUCUCCUGCUCCUCUGGGGUCUCUGGCUGCCCUUUCUCUGAGCUUAGGUCCCCCAGCACUCCACGCCACGGGGGGGGGGGAGGGGCACUCUGUGUGCAGAGACCUUUCCACGUUCUCCAGCACUUGGAGUCUGAGACCCCUGCUUCUGAGAGUGUGAUUCGGGGAACAUAGAGUAAGAUCAGCAGGUAUGCGCUCUUCCAUUUCUCACCCACUUUGGAAAUGGAUUACAAUUUUACUAAAAACAUGCUCUGGUGUUUAAGUGUUUUAAAUUGUUCCAGAAAAAAUCAUGGCUGAUUUUUUUUUCUUUUACUUAAAAAAAAAUCACAUAAAAAGCACAGUCAUCAGAAAAUGUAAUGUAGUCGCAAGAAUCCAGCUCUGUGAUGAUUCUUGAAUUUAAACUUAGAUGAAUCAAAUGGCCCUCUGCCCCUAGGGUUUCUGAUGGUUUUUAGGCAAAGAAUGUGCUUUUUGAGAUACUCUUUUACUGAAUUUCAUGAAUAUUCUGUCAGUUUUGAAUAAUUAACUAUUGAAAAAUUAAAAUGUCACAUAGAGCAGAACAGUGCAGGCUUGAGUAGGGAGGUUGGAUCGGCAACUGUCUGAACAUAUACAUGGUUAGUCGCACUGUCUGUUGUUGGAGUGGUGUGUUGGAGCGGCUCACAUCAGCAUGUGGAAGCUGAUUAUUAAAUAUUCAAGAAUUGGUGAGCCAGUUACUAUUAAACUAUUUGUUGCUUGAAAAUGCCCACAGUGGGAGCAUUUAUACCACCAUACUCAGCAGACACUACAAAUCAGGACUUUUUUUUUUCCUUAAAGAGAAAUGUGUUCCACUCACAGCACUAACCAUGGCUCCCUUCUUUUCUACUCCAUCCCAUAAAACACAUUUAUCCCUUCUCUUCAGACAGCAGUCAGGCUGCUCAGAGUUAAUGGGGUCACAGGUGCUAGGUUGGGAAUGCCAGUCUUUCACCUGUCACACCGUUUUCCCUUUCAGGGGGACUGUACUCAGAGGCACACUCAGAGAUCAAGUAGUUGUUCAUGAGGCAACCCUACUCACCUCUUUAUCCCCUUCUACUGUGCCCUCCCUCAACUUUCUUUUUUCCCACUCAGUUCCCUCAGGAUGACCUCUCCUGCCUCUUUUCAUUCCACUUGUGAGUCACACGACUCAAGAAAAGCCCAAGUAUCAUGUUGAGAGUCAGAGCUGGUGACAACUCUGUGUCAGAGAAAAGGGAGACUUUUCCCCUCUGACAUAUAAUUAGAUAUUACAAGUACCCAAGCCCUCCACCUCCGAAGUCCUUUGAAGUACCCAGAAGUCUCUUUUAGAAUCUCCCACAUCUUCCAUCCCUAUCUUCAUUUUCCUUUAAACAUGCUUUCCCCCAAGUCUAUACAUUUUAAUAAAUACAAACUUUCUUGCA